AUGAACGCACCAGAUCGUUUCGAGCUCUUCUUGCUCGGCGAGGGCGAAAAAAAGAUUGAAGAAAAGGUUUACUCUGGCAUGUCUAACACCUCAGACUUUGUCUUGAAGAAGGAGGACCACACGCUGGGUAAUCUGCUCGCCGAGCAUCUCAAGGCACACCCAAAUGUCUACAUGGCCGGGUAUAAGAUUGCUCACCCUAAUGUUCCUGAGCUCUACAUCCGUGUGCAGACAGACGGAACCAUUUCGCCUCGUGACGUUUUUACGUCAGUGUGUGAAAAGCUUAUCAACCAGCUCGAGAUGUUGUAUCAAGAGUUCACCCGCGAGUGGGAGCUAAGACGAAUCACCAACACCGGAGACCAAGGGAACACCAAUGGCCAUUAA